GAGAGAGAGAGAGAGAGGUUUAAUUAGGGUUUAAAACAACCAUGAAGACCCCAUGACUGCCUUUACUCCCCAACGGUCGUAAAAACUCAACCAAAUAGAGCAACUAAGCCCUGCAGCCAGGCGGUGGACCUUCACGUGUAGACCGUACACUAUCAAUGCAGAAUUACUGCAUGCACCUUUCUACGUAUAAGAAAUCAUCAUUCUUUUUCUACCUUUCCAAAUAUUCCCCAUACAAAACCAUCAAGAAUCUAACUUUGUUUGUUACUGCACACCAUAUAAGGAGACGAGGGAAUUCCAUGGAAGCCUUGUGGAAUUUAGAAGACAAGUGGAAGCUCUCAACCCAACAAGCACUUCUCCUCUUAGUUUCCGCUGCCUUCGCAGUCAUCGGUCUUUGCAUGGCAGCGACGGUUUUGCUAAAGAAGGCUCAGAGGAAGCAGGAGCAGCAGCUUGUGAUGAGCAGCCAGCGAGAAGCUGUAGUAGGACAACCGAAAUGGUCUGAGCCGAAUUGUGGUUGGGGGUCGAUAAAGAGAGCGUUGGUGAGCUCGGUGCGGUGGAGCAGAAGGAGCAAGUGGGAGGAGAGGCGGGGCGGGAGCUGGAGAGAGAUGCCGCUGCCGCUGCUGGACAAAAGGGUUGAGGUUGAAGUGGGGUGGCGGAGCCAUAACUCGGACUCUCCUGUGUGGCAGAGACCUAUACUUAUGGGUGAGAAAUGUGAGCUUCCUAGAUUCAGUGGGCUUAUUCUCUAUGAUGAAAGAGGUCGGCCUCUGUGCGACUCCCACAAGGAAAGUAGAAACCAGGAAAAGACUGGUGGUGUUGGCAGAACAACUUUGAGGGACUUGCUGUAGUUUUUCUAACAGAAAUGUUCUAAAAAGAUUUACCAACACAGUGUGGUAGGGAUUUCAGUAGCCAUGUGGUCCAGUUUUCU